AUGCCAACCUGCAAUGAAACCAACACCAGUCGUACAAUCUUCCUCUUGUCAGGCAUCCCUGGGCUGGAAGAUUUCGGCCCCUGGAUCUCCAUCCUGUUCUGCUCCAUGUACCUCAUGGCAUUUUUAGGAAAUGGUCUCAUUCUGCUCGCGAUAAAGACACGGAAGAGUCUCCAUCAGCCCAUGUACUUGUUCCUUUCCAUGUUGUCCAUCACUGACCUCGGCUUAUGUGCUUCCACCUUGCCCACAGUGCUCAGCGUCUUCCUGUUUAACACCAGGGAAAUUGAUGCCGAUCUCUGUUUGGUCCAACUUUUCUUUGUUCACACUUUUUCUAACACAGAAUCUGCUGUACUACUAGCUAUGGCCUUUGAUCGCUUUGUGGCCAUAUGCCACCCGCUGAGAUAUGCUUCGAUUUUAACCAGUGCCAAGGUAGGAAAGAUUGGGCUGGCGACAAUAAUCAGGGGUAGCGGUCUGAAUAUCCCAUGCCCCAUUCUUCUCAAGAGGUUGCCGUACAACAGGAUUCAACCUCUCUCCUAUUCCUAUUGUUUGCAUCCAGAUGUGAUGAAGGUGGCCUGUGCAGACGCUACGCCCAGUAGCUACUAUGGCUUGUUUAUUGUUCUUUCUACUCUGGCCUUGGACUCGUUGCUCAUUGUCUUGUCUUACAUCACAAUCCUUAACACAGUGCUGAGUCUCAGAUCUUGGCAUGAGCGCCUCAAGGCCCUGAACACGUGCGUCUCCCACAUCUGUGUCACCCUGCUGUUCUACAUUCCACUGCUCAGUAUGACAAUGAUUCACAGGUUCAUGAAAAAUGCCCUUCCUCUGAGUCAAAAUCUUAGUACGUAUCUCCAUCUCCUCCUCCCUCCAGUGCUAAACCCCAUUGUGUACAGCAUAAAAACCAAAGAGAUUCGUAAACAGAUCAUGAAGAUCUUUCAGAACUAUUCCACUAAGAGAUUCCGGCACUAA